UACUAACUUUCACAGUUGGGGGUACCACCUCCAUACACCAAACAAAACCUGAUCCGUUCACUCAGCUACAGAGUUCACAGAAGACAAACUGGACAAUCUCAAGAGAAUCCUCUUUGAGAAUUGUUAUCAAGAAUGAUUUAUUGAGAAAUCCAUGAAUGAUGGACCGCAAAAGCCUCCUAAGCUGCUUAGCAUCCCGAAAAAACUCCUCUACAUGAACCUUCAAUUCAAUAGAGAUUCAUCUGCAGAAACACUGAAAAAUCGACUGUCCCAUUCGCUUAAGAAAACUUUCCUUGCAGCUGAACUACGAUUGACCUUCUCCACAAAACCUAUGAUUCGUAUGAACGUGAAGAAUAAGCUACCACUGAUGGUCAGCCUCAUCAAUGUGUAUCUACCAAUUAACCUGUUUUUGUUGAGCCAGGUAUGUCGGCCGUACCUGGUGUUCACUUUCCAAACGUAUCACCGAACACUUACCAGUAUGGUUUUACAAAGGAGGAAAUCGAUGCCCCCGCAGCUCUAUCUUAGAACAUCUGAUAGAAUCCUGGAAACCAAGCUACACACUCCAAACAAACUUCAAAGUUGUCUACAGAAUACGAAGCAGCCUUGCUAAAUGUGUAUGAAUCAAACUUCUUCAAACUGCAGAAGCAAUGGCAAUUCACUAGCUAAGCCCUGAACUCUGCAUAUAGAAGAAGUUCGUUCAAUCACACUACACUUGUAAUGGACGUAGUCCGU